AACUCGAAGAAUUUCAUGAUCCUGAAUUAAUUGUUUUAGGUAUGUACAUUAGGACACACACUCUGGUGCAUCUAUUAGUUUCUCGAGUGAUGAAAGGUCCGGUGGUGGCAUGGGCCGCCAGGACGUGGGAAUCGUCAUCGCAGACCUUACCCCGUUUAAUCGAAAAGCAAUGGGUGAUUUGGUCUCCCUUACGUACCUUAUUGCUGCUGCUGUGUUCCCUACGUGUGGAUCUUGGAUUCUAUAGGGUGUAUCUUACUCACCUUAUUGACGCAAACACAUACCGGGGGCUCGCGAACAUAACAUGGAUCCCCGUCUCAAAAAUGGCAUUUCCUGUGUUAGACUAUACUGCAUCCAGGUGAUGUGCCCGGUUACUGAACGUCUUUGCAAAGCCGCUGACGGUGCUUAGCCCGAACUACGUCCUAUACCAUAUUGGGC